AUGGACGCGCAGCUCCUCCGUCAGCGCCUCACGGACGGCGACCUGGAGGAGCCGUGGCGGCUGGAUGAUGGCCUGCUCCUGCAUGAGCGCCGGCUCUUCGUGCCGGAUCACGGCGACCUCCGUCACCAGGCCUUGCUGCUAGCCCACUCGGCCGGCCACGAGGGCGUGCAGAAGACCCUCCACCGUCUCCGAGCAGAUUUCUACAUCCUCGGCUAUCGUGCGCUGGUCUGGGCUGACAUCUCCAUUGACUUCAUCGAGGGCCUCCCCAAGGUUGGCAGCAAGUCCGUCAUCCUUACGGUGGUCGACCGCUUCUCCAAGUAUGCGCACUUCAUCGCGCUCGGCCAUCCGUACACCGCCACCUCCAUUGCGCGGGCCUUCUUCGACGGCAUCGUUCGCCUCCACGGGCUUCCUUCCUCGAUUGUCAGCGACCGUGAUCCGGUGUUCACUGGUCAUCCUAAGACGGCCCGGACUGAGGCAGCGGUCGAGCUUCUCUGCGGUAGGGAUGAGAUCCUUGCCGAGGUGCGCCAACGUCUUCUCCAGGCCCAUCAACUGUCCAAGAAGUACUACAACGCACACUACCGCGAGGCGAAGUUCGUGGUGGGAGACUGGGUGUGGUUGCGCCUACUCCACCACACUACGCAGUCACUGGACCCGCGCACUAAGCGCAAGCUGGGUCCCCGCUAUGCUAGGCCGUUUUCGGUGCUGGAGCGCAUCGACAACGUCGCCUACCGCCUUCAGCUGCCAUCUAGCGCUCGCAUCCACAACGUUUUCCAUGUGGGCUUGUUGAAGCCUUUCCACGGCGAGCCACCAGCGACCACGCCGGACCUUCCUCCGACUUCUGAGGGCCGUCUCCUUCCCGGUCCAGCGAAGGUUUUGAAGGCCCAGCAGAGCCGCGGUGUUUGGCGCUUGUUGAUCCAGUGGCAGGGUCUUCUGGAGGAAGAUGCCACUUGGGAGCACCUCGACAAGUUCCGCAAGCACUUUCCCGACUUCCAGCUCGAGGACGAGGUGUUUGCGCGGGCGGGGAGAGAUGUUAUGACCGGCAUACAUUACAUCCGGAGGAGGCCCAAUGGCGCAGGCAGUUAG